GGGAAGAUUGCACCUCUCUUGGCAGUUGCAAGCCGGUAAAUAGCUACAGUUUAUUGUCUCCUCGCUCGCUCGCCGGUUAUAUUUCUGACUAUAUUUCUGACUGACUAAUUUGGGUGAAAGAGGUUAGGAACAUUGACGGUUAUAAUUGACAGUUGUUGAAAAAGUUUGAAAAUAUGUCGUCCCAACGUGGUGCAUCUGGUGGUUCCAAUCCGGUCAAAAAGGUCCCAAUUCAUCUCCAGAGUUCUCAAAAUCGGUUGAUUUUGAAAUCUGGUAAGAUUGUGAAUGCUGAUGGAAUGACGGAUGGAGAUGUCUUUAUUGAGGACGGAUGUAUCAAGGAAAUUGGAAAAAAUCUGAUUAUUCCUGGUGGAACAAGGAGUAUUGAUGCGAGGGGAAAGUAUAUCAUGCCUGGGGGUAUCGACGUCAGCACUCAUUUCCAGAUGCCUUGCAUCGGAAUAAAAUCUGCUGAUGAUUUUUACACCGGAACGAAAGCUGCCGUGGCUGGAGGAACUACCAUGAUUUUUGAUACUGUUGUUCCUGAGAAAGGAGAAUCUCUUUUGGAUGCAUAUGGCAAAUGGCGAACUUGGGCGGAAAAUCAGGUCUGCUGUGACUAUACAGUUCGUGUGGCUCUAACCUCAUGGUCUGAGAAGGUUAAAGGCGAGAUGGAAGUUUUGGUUCGGGAUCAUGGCGUCAACUCGUUCAAGAUUUACAUGUCCAAUAAAGAUGAAUCAAUGCUGAGAGACAAUGAAAUUUACGCUGCUCUGGAGACUUGUAAGAAACUCGGUGCGCUUGCACUGAUUCAUGCUGAAAACGGAGAUAUUAUUGCAGAGAAUUCAAAGAAAAUAAUUGCUGCUGGCAUCACCGGUCCUGAAGGACACGAAUUGUCCCGGCCUGAAGAAGUUGAAACGGAAGCGACCCAUCGGGCAUGUGUUCUUGGGAGCCAAGUCAACUGUCCCGUGUACGUCGUCCCUGUGAUGAGCAAGAGUGCAGGGGAUAUCAUUGCUGAGAAACGUCAACAAGGUUGUGUUGUCUUUGGGGAGGCGAUCGCAGCCAGCGUUGGAACCGAUGGAACCAACUACAGAAAUCCCUCAUGGCGUCAUGCUGCGGCUCACGUUGUUAAUCCACCACUGCGACCUGAUCCAGAGACACCUGCACAUCUCUUGAAUCUCUUGGCUCGGGAUGACUUGCAAGUUGUUGGAUCUGAAAAUUGUACGUUUACUCAUGAACAAAAGAAAUUGGGAGCAACCGAUUUUCGAAAAAUUCCAAGUGGAGUAAACGGAGUUGAAGAUCGAAUGUCUGUUGUGUGGCAGAAGGGAGUUCAAGAAGGUCGGAUGGAUCCAACCCGAUUUGUUGCUGUUACUAGCACAAACGCAGCCAAAAUUUUUAAUGUCUUCCCUCAGAAGGGCGCAGUGUUGGCUGGAUCUGAUGCAGAUCUCGUAAUUUGGGAUCCACGAAAGACCAGGACAAUCUCGGCCAAGACGCAUCAUCAUGCCACGGACAACAACAUUUUUGAAGGCAUGACUUGUUUCGGUGUUCCUGAAUAUGUCAUCUGCAAUGGGCGUGUUUGUGUCGAUGAGGGUCAGGUGAAAGUGCUGCAAGGGUUUGGAAACUUUGUUCAAACUCCACCAUUUGCUCCAUUUGUAUAUGAUUUGAUCAGAGAUUCGGAUCAGAGGAAGCUUGCUAAACUGAAGCCCGUUCUUCGGGAUGGAACUGACGGAGAGAUGAUGAGCAAAGUACAAAACGGGGUUGAACAUGUUCAUGUAUCCGAGUCUCCAAAGCCAGUGACUAAUUCUGGUGGUGGGGGGUUUUAUGACAAUGCAAGAAAGGAAUCCGUACAGAGCCUUCCUCCUCCCACUCCGGUAGAAGAGAUCAUGGUAAAGUCUCCAUCUGGGGUGCGUAACAUGCAAGAGUCCACACUGGACAAGGAGCCGGCGGAGGCUAAGACUACGGUGAGAGUUCGACAACCACCGGGUGGGAGGUCAUCAGGCUUGUGGUGAAUCAUCCCCUCGUCCUCUUUCUGAGACGACUUCAUUCUGUUUGUUCGUCAAAAAAACAUGAUUAGACCAUUAAUCUCGAAAGCUACUACAGUUUUGAAUUUGAUUGACGCCAGUGAUUGUGAGCAGCUUCCAUUUAUUAUUACAUUUUACCCAAGCGUGCAGAGUAUAGAAUAUUCCCUAUUAUACAAGUAAUUAUUACAUUACUAUCAGCUAUGGUUAUUAGCUUUACAAGCAACUUCCUAUGAUUAUUAUGCUAAGCAAUAAUAUGUCAACCUGAAAUUCUGGCAUUGUGUCUCUUCCCACUCCGAAAAAAAUGACAAUUUGAAGAGAUUUUCCUAUUUUUUAAUUAAGGAUAUUACCACCACGACUUCCUAUAAAUAGACCGUAGCCAGGUAGCCGAUGUGAUGGUGAAAGCUUUAUUUCUUAUGGGAAAUGAGGUGAUGAUGAGUGGGUUGGACUUUACUGGUAAUAAGACUUAUUUUGCCACGUCUGCAGCUAUUUAUUUAUUAUAUGAGUAGGCGUUGACUGCGUGUGUGUGGUGAUGUCGCCUUUUGUGGUCCUAUAUUAGCAGCGAGGUCAGAUGAGAGAAAGUAAAGUUGGACAUGUUGUUCGUUGCUACGGCCGACCGACUCCUGCCUACCUGCCUACACUCCCUUCUCAAGUUUCAUACUUUGCUAAUGGUGAAAGCAGCGUGAUACAAGUGAGAUGAUGACGAUGAAGAAGAUGAGGUGAUGAUGUGCACGUGUCCCACCCCAGACCAAGGAUGAUAAUGAUACAGAAAAAUAAACUUUCACGAAAAAAACUGCCUUUCUGAUAAAGUAAAGAGUCGUAGAAAAUUACUCUUCUUGUUGUUCUUCUCGUCAAACAUGAAUGACGCUAUUGCAUAUUAUAAAUCCUCCAUAUCUAUCUUUUUUUUACAAAAUGUAUGCAAUUGGUAUCAUGCGAUGGUGAUGAUGAUGAUGAUAAUGGUCGUGGUGAUCACGUAAAUUUUGGAUCUUGUAAAUGUGAAUGUGUAUGGAAAAGCUGUAAAUAAAAUAAAAGUCUUGUAAUGCGGAAUAUAAAAUGGA